GAUUUUUUAAUGGACUCGCACGAUUAGCCAUCGUAGUUGUUGACCCACGUACCCUAUUGUUCUCUUGCUAUUUUGGUCUGUAGCAUUUAUCUGCUUCAAUAUGUGUGUGUGUGUGUGUUAUGAUGGACUAAGUGAUGUGGACAGCUGGGCUGUGAAACUGCGGUUCCGCAUCACUGCUGAUCACCUGGCCCGGCCGGCACCACCGGCGCCUGCUCCGUCUAAUAUCCGUUAAUUACAGCGGUUAAUCAGAGCGGGAAUGAGCCUUGGCUCCGUGCCAUUUCAAUCUGACUCCGGUGAGAACCGGGUUUCCGCGCCCCAAACCGAGCCGAUCUGACUUCCCACCAAUCUUGGCUCCACCUGGCCAGGUUUAUGAGGCCGACCUGGAUUAACCUAGAGCUGCAGAGGUGAAUAAAGUCGUCAGUGAAAUGUGGCGGAUUCCCGCUCUUGGAUUUAAUGAGCCGAGCUUUUAGUGCAAUGUGAGAAAGACUUCACUCCAUCUGCAGUAUUUUAGUGCUUUGUACAUAUUACACAUACUACAUGCUGAGGGAAGGCUCUCAUGACUUGUUAUCACACUGGGGCUCAACCAGCAUCCCUCCCUCUCCCUCUCCCUCUCUCUCUCUCUCUCUCUCUCCAUCACUCCAUCUUUCCCUCACUUUAUGCUCCCUCCCUCAGAGGAACACACAGUCCCACUGGCAUCCAGCCGUCUGCAUGCUGCUUCAUUUCUCCACACACCAGCUCUGGGUGAAAACCUAGAAGGGGUGUUGGAGAAAUUGAAAGGCGUCCAGAGAGGGUCGGCCCAAAAAAAAAAAAACUGAGCAGUCACAGAAUGGGAAAAUCCGAGAGCCAAAUGGAUAUAAUGGAGAAAACAACCAAGCCAAGGAAGCAUCACUGGACCGUAGUGGAGAUCGGACUGUCCGUUAUAUUGCUGCUGAUGAGUUGCGCUUUGGCUGGACUGGUCGUGCUUUACGCUUCAGCGCUCAGAGAUCAUUCGUAUAGAAACGGUGCAUCGAAAGGCCUGGAGUAUCGCAAGAACCCUGACGCCGCCAUGUGCACCACCCCGGACUGUGUCACUGCAGCGGCAAGGUUACUGCAGAACAUGGACCAGAGUGUGGACCCGUGCCAGAACUUUUACCAGUACGCGUGCGGAGGCUGGCUGGACAGGCACGUGAUCCCAGAGACCAGCUCGCUCCACAGCGUCUUCAACAUCCUGAGGGACGAGUUAGAAAUCGUGCUGAAGGGAGUGCUGGAGACACAAAAUGGACGUGACCGGGAAGCCUUUAAGAAAGCCAAAGUGCUCUACAGAUCGUGUAUGAAUGAGAGUGUGAUCGAGCAGCGUGACUCGCAGCCCCUCCUCAAGCUCAUCGACAGUGUUGGUGACUGGCCGGUAGCCUCUGAGGACUGGAACAUCACAGCAGAGGAGUCGUGGAGUCUGGAGCACAUGCUGGCGUCCCUAAACUCUCAUUACAACAAAAAGGUUUUGCUGGAAAUGUUCGUUUGGCCUGACGAUCGAGACUCGAGCCGCCACAUCAUUCACAUUGACCAGCCGUCUCUUGGAAUGCCCUCAAGAGAUUAUUACCUCAACGAUGGCAACUACAAAAAGGUGCGUGAGGCCUACCUGCAGUUCAUGGUUUCCAUGGCGAAAAUAGUACGGGAGGACAGGAACCUCACCCAGGACGAUGAGCACGUGUGGGAGGAGAUGAUGCAAGUGAUGGAGCUGGAGAGAGACAUCGCUAAUGCAUCGUCUCCGGCCGAGGAACGCAACGACAUCACUGUGCUCUACAACAAAAUGACUCUGAGGGACGUACAGGAGACCUUCAUCCUCGGCGGUUUUAACUGGACCCGCUACAUCCAGGGCAUCGUGGCGAGCGUUAGCAUCACUGUGCAGCCUGAUGAGCCGGUCGUGGUCUACUGCUCACCCUACCUCGAGAAGCUCGACAGCGUGCUGUCUAGACACAACCGCAGGACUGUACAGAAUUAUCUGGUCUGGACGCUGAUCAUGGAGCGAGUCAGCAGCUUGAGUCGGCGAAUGAAAGACGUCCGAGCUCACUACAGAAAGGCUUUACACGGCACCACGGUGGAGGAGGCUCGCUGGAGGGACUGUGUGCGCUACGUCCAGAACAACAUGGAGAACGCAGUCGGGGCUCUGUACGUACGCGAGGCGUUCGCUGGAGAAAGCAAGCGCAUGGUUGGUGAACUGAUCAGAAAGAUUCAGGAUUCUUAUGUGGAAACAUUGGAAGAGUUGAACUGGAUGGACGAUGAGUCCAAAGAGAAAGCAAGAGAGAAGGCGAUGGCUAUCUCUGAGCAAAUCGGCUAUCCCGAUUACAUCCUGGAAGAAGACAACGAGAAGCUGGAUCAGGAGUACAUCCACCUGAAGUUCAGUGAAGAGAGCUACUUCGAGAACGUUCUGGAAAACCUUCGAGCAACCGCUCAAAAAGCUCACAAGAAGCUUCGGGAACCUGUGGAUCCAGAACUGUGGAUCAUCGGCGCUGCUGUGGUCAACGCUUUUUACUCUCACAACAGAAAUCAGAUCGUGUUUCCUGCUGGAAUUUUACAGCCUCCUUUCUUCAGUGAGAAGCAGCUCCAGGCCUUAAAUUUUGGAGGAAUUGGAAUGGUUAUAGGACACGAAAUCACUCACGGCUUCGAUGACCACGGUCGCAACUUCGACAAAGACGGAAACAUGUUCAACUGGUGGAGCAACUUCUCCACAGAGCAGUUUGAGGAACAGUCCAAAUGCAUGGUGCAGCAGUACGGCAAAUUCAGCUGGAAGCUUGCAGGAGGACAAAAUGUGAGUGGCAUCACCACUUUGGGGGAGAACAUCGCUGAUAACGGAGGAGUUCGGCAAGCGUACAAAGCGUACAUGAAGUGGGUGGAGAGGGAAGGUGAGGAGCCACGUCUUCCUGGUUUGGACAUGGACCAUAAGCAGCUCUUCUUCCUCAACUUUGCCCAGGUGUGGUGCGGAGCCUGUCGUCCUGAAUAUGCCAUCCAGUCCAUCAAGACCGACCCCCACAGUCCUCUGGAGUACAGGGUCUUGGGCUCCCUGCAGAAUUUUGAAGCCUUUUCCGAGGCGUUCCAGUGCCAGAAAGGUACUCCGAUGAACCCAGAAGAGAAGUGCAGAGUGUGGUAGUCUGAUUGGAACUUACAGCCUUCAGUAUUUCCACCAAGGCAGCAAUAUAUAUAUAUAUAUAUAUAUAUAUAUAUAUAUAUAUAAUACACAUAUAAUAUAUACUGUAUGCCUUGUGUCUGUCGAAAGAGAUAAGAAGGAGGUUAUUAUGAAAACUAGAAAAACUGUGAGUCAUUAAAAAAAAAAGUCAUUAUGUGAGUAAGCAACGAAGGCGGGGUGGAAAAGAGACACUCGUUAAGAUAUUUGUAUAUUCUUCUGUCAUGUGUUAUCAUUCUGUAUUGAGUCCAGAUUAAGAGGCAGACGCGAUAUACACAGCUGCCGCCUUCGAUAGUGGACACGUUUCCUAAUAUUCUGACAGAUUUGUCUAUUUUUAAUGUGUAUUGCUGGCUUUAAAUGUGGUGAGUGCUUUAGAAAGAAAGUAUUAAGCCUUUUACAAAAUCCAACAACCAGCCAAAAACUCAAGGCUUUGAAGCCCACAUGUUUUUUCUUUUUAGGCUAGAAUCAAAACCCAGUAAAUCGGAUGUCUCUUUUAGCAGCCUUAAAACGUCACUGUGGAGCCGAAAAAUAAAAUAAAACAAAUAAAGAAAGAAAUAUUUUUAUUUGCAGGACAAAAUGACAUGAUUUAGGAUUAAGAUUAAGGUUUCAAGGUGAGCUGUGAAUGUGAGCUAUAGCGCCUCCGUCAGGUCAAACAGUGACCUGAAAGACUUAAAGACUUCAAUUUAUGAUGCUUUAAUCAUCACAUUUUACAUAUCUGUGGGAAAUAAUUUCUUAAAACAGCUUUAUUCUAAUGAAUACAUUUAGUUAAUGUACCAAACAGGUAGCAUCUAAAUAACAAAAAGGUCGUAAAAGUAGUCAGGGUUUAUGCUUCUAAUCAGUAAAUUAAAAAUAAAUAAGAUUUUAGAUGGUCAAAUCUUUUUAUUUAGAGAAUUUGUGUCUAUUUACAAAGAUUUGAGACUAAGUUUAUACAUUUAUUAGUAUUUAGGUACUAAACUGAACCGAGUGAAAAAACCCAUUUCGAAAAUGAUAAGGCUGACAUGCUAGCUACUGAACCUGCAUGCUAAGCUAACUCGCUAAUCGGAGAGCUAAUGUUGCUAAUUAGCGAGCUAACGUUGCUAAUGCGAAAAAAACAUACUUGUGGUUGAUAAUAGAAGUUUUCUCAUGAGGGGAAAAAAAUAAUAAUUUAGGAUAAGAUCAUGAGUCAAAAUUUGAUAGUAAAAUCCCAAUCUGCUUGCAUCUCCCUGUGACAAACGCAAGCUAGCUUGCUAGCAUAAAUCGACUAGCUAAAUCGCUAACUUAAUAUUAGCAGUAGUGAUGAAUAACAUUCGUUAUAGUAUAUUUUAAGUUUGUCUUCUGUCAACCAAAACACCGAGGAUAUAAAAACCUCAUAUAUUUAAAUCUUAUUGUACCCUGACAAAUAAAAGCCUCGAAAUGUUUCUAGCAGUAACUAGCAGUUUGUACUGACAGGAAAGCUGGUGGAUAUCAUUAAUUUGUAUUUAUAGAUAUUUAUAGAUGAUAGUGGUCUUUAUUAGUAGUGUUUUAAGCAUUAAAUGUGUAUUAAAUAAGUAUCUAUUACCCUACACAGAUUAUUUUAAAUAUCUUUAAAUGAAUAAACAACCAUGCGUAUCUUGCUAUAAAAUUAGAUUUUACUAUUAUAACCAAUAAUGUUCGAAUAUUAAACAAAAUUAAAUAAAUAAAUUAAAUUAAUUCAUUUUUAAUAGCUAUGGCAGAAUUUUGGGAAAGUUCUCUUUUGCAUAGAAAAUCUUUAAGCAAUUAUAAAAGUGCUUUGUCAUGCCUUUACUAUUAUAAUUUAUAUCAGCUCAUGAUUUCUAAAUUCGAAUGCUAAUCUAAAUCAGAGCAUUGGUCUUUACCUCGGAAGAAAAACAAUCUGAUAACCACGAGGUUUCUCAGUCGUUCUGUCCGUAUAAUGAGAAUAUUUUUCAUUGAUGACCUAUAUGAUAAUAUUUUUAGACACACAUGUUGAUCUCAGUCAGUUGUGAUCUAUUUCCCGCACAGCAGGUCAACCACAGCGCUGUUUAUUUGACAUUCAGGCGGAGUCAUUUAUCAGAAUCGGAAUCCACAGCCGACUGCUUUUGGCAUUGCUAAAUCAGGCACAUUUAGUUUACUGCAUCUCAGCGUGAGGGGUAUCAGAAGGGGAAUGAGGUUUGAGGGCUCUGAGGAGGACAGGCAGGUGAAGUGAAGCCUCUCCAUCUCUUAAAUUGAUCAGUCGUGGGAGGCGGUGAGCCGAAGCGUAGCAGACGAAGGCCACUCCGCCGAGAUAGCGUCCUCAUUAGAGAAGUGGUCAGGGCCACAGACUGUUCUCUUUCACCUUGAUUAACCGGUAAUGACAGCAGAACUAAACGAGACGGACAGAAGGGAAAAAAGAACCUGGAGAGCAUCAGAAAAAAGAUCAAACGUUGCCGGGACACGGGCAGCUCCUCGAGAAAGCUCUGAAAGAUCAGUCCGGUCAAUAAACAAGGAGGGGAAAAAACACAUUUGGUUGCCAUGGACCAUUAAUUUAUGACUGUUAUCUCUCAUCACAGAGACUCUGAUUAACAGAAUAUUCACAUCUGCCUUUGAAGCUUUAUUGCUAGCCAAGUUUCUACAGGACCAUAAUGGCUUGUACUGUUUGGAGGGGAAGGCUGGGUUACGAGGGUUCAGACUCGAUAAACAGGAAAGCGUUGGGUUCUUUAAAAAUCUCGGCUAAAAAAAGUCACAAAUGUAAUAGGUGAUUGAGCUACACUUUUAAAAAAAACUCUUCAAACGUGUCUAAUAUUUCUUAUUAUAAAUAAUAUAUGAAAAUAGUUCUUUCAAAUUAUGAUAAACUUGUAAAAAAGAAAAAUGUACAAAGAAAAAAUGUCUAGGCUUUAGUAAUCCUUAUAAUUAUAUUUAGAAAUCAUAUAAUUUAUUAUAGCUUUUUAAUCUAUUCCUCACCAUAAUGAUUGAUAAAACUAUUUCUGGACAUUUGUACACAUUUUAUGUAUUAAUCUUAAAAUGAUCUGGCAGGAGAGCAAAUCAGUUUAUUAAAAAUGUCCAGGAAAAAGUCUUAAUAAUCUUAUAUCUGAUAUACAAUAAUCAUAUAAUGUGAGUGAUUGGAUAACUUUGCAUUUAAGUUCUCUUUUAAAAUAAAUCUGAAAUAUAAAUGUUGGGCUGGACGUCACAGGACGGUGCACAGACGAGUGACAAAUUAAAAGAAAAAGCAGCAGGAACCUUCAGAACAGCUUCGGUCUCUGGAUGUGUACAUGAGUGAUGAUGAACACUGUUCUUCCACUGGUGGUUGAUGAUGAUGGAGAUCCGUGUUAACCCUACACUCAGACUAUCAUGUGAUAAGUCGCUUGUUUAUUUGCAGAUGUGUUUUGUUUUGUUUUGUGUUGACAGACCGUAGGGUCGAUCAGUCGAGUCAGUAGCUUGGUUUUGUCGCUUUCCUGUGACAUACGUAAUUUAUACAGAGCUCAGAUAAUUCAGAUAACUAAAACAGCUAACUUCUAUAUAGUUCAGAUGUCACUUGUUGUGUGUUGCAUCAUUUACAUCAUCCUCAUCAAACCAGUCACUGAUCCCUAUGAUCACUGUGGAUGGGGGUGGAGUCAUCCUUGAAGAGGCCACACCCACCAGGAUAGAAAUGAUUCAUACAUCACAGAAUAAAUGAUCGAAAUAAUUAUUGUUAUUGCAGUAUUAUUAAUAAUCAGUGAUGCUUCGAUGUAAGUUCGAAGCCAAUCCAAACCAGAAAAUAUAAAUAAUUGCUGUUUUUUUUCUCCUUUAAUUGGUCACUCGUCUGUAUUUGCAUUUUUCUAUGGGUUCAGACUUCAGCCAGGGAAAGGGACAGUAUUUUAUUAAGUGUGUGUGCUACAGCCUUAAGUGUUAGUCAUAUGAAGGAUCAUUUUAGGUGAUCUCUCAGCGUAACUAUUAACUAUAACUACAAUUUAUCCUUCGCCUCGUACAUCAACAUCCAUAGUAAACACGCGAAGAGUCUGAGAGAAUCAUCUAUACAAAAAGAAACAUCAUUCAGUGCCAAGAACCGCUGAUUACAUUUUAAAAUGCCACGGCUUCGCAAAGCAGGCUCGAAUCUGAGCUGUUUUGUACUUUGUGGACCUUAAACAAUCCUGUUUAUAUAUAAAUAUAUCUGCUACUAUAUAUAUCUGUACGAUGAAGAGUUCUUGAAUGCUUUUGUGUACUGAUAAAUGGAUUUGUGUGGAUUAUUCAAUGUCUUACGCAUUUAUUGAAAGUCUUCUUGUUAAUAAGCGAAACAAUAAACAAUCUCAUGCAUGUUGAAUGGUAUGGCAUGUUAAAACCAUGCGCACCUCCUAAGUGCAUUAAAAGCCAUGAAAAUCCAGAGAAUUUACCGAAUCCGGUUCAGCUUCAUCGCCACGCAUCGGCCAGGUCGAUCCAGACGAAUUUCAGAUGCUGCUAUGUGAAUACUUUUGUAUGUUUUUUCUCCUGCUGUGAAAAAAUACAAAAAAGGAAACUGAAAAGCUCUUUGAAUUUUAAUGUAACGUAAUGGCUGAAGUCAUUCAGGUCACGUGUGUGUGUGUGUGUUUAUGAUGUUCAUGAAGUCUGAAUGUUUGUCUCAUCAUCUGCUGAUCUGAUCACUGUUUAAAAUCCUACACAGCCCCGUAAAUAUGGUUCAAUAUUCCGAAGAAAAAUAGCUCUUAGAUUCUUGAUAUUUUAGGAUAAAGAUAUGUAUAUGCAUAAUAAACAUUUACAAAUCUCA